AUGAGUUUUUCUCGAGAGUCAGUAAGAACAAGGCGGUCAGGCAGAGGUCGUCCAUUGAUAACAGAACUAAGUGGGUCUGACCGAAUAAAUCCAACUCCUUCAGGCUGCGAGGACACUGAUCUACAAGUUGAUCUGUAUCUUUCUCCAGAGAAGUUGAGGAGCCUAACUGGAUUUGAGGACCUACGCGAAGUUACUUCUCUUGAGAUGUCCAUUGAUACCCGGCAGAAUACCCUUGGGAACUUUGGUACCUACUUGCCCAAACUUGUACAGUUGAAAAUGAACAACAGUUUGAUUUUGUCUGUGAGGGAUCUUGGAACUACUCUCUCCCACCUGCACGUCCUAUGGCUGGCUCGUUGUGGUUUGGCUGACUUGGAUGGAAUUCCAUCUUUCUCCUCUCUAAAGGAGCUUUAUGUGGCCUAUAAUAACAUCUCAGACCUGAGCCAGGUUAGCAUGCUGGAGUGUCUGGAGCUGCUCGAUUUAGAGGGGAAUAAUGUGGACGAUCUUGUCCAGGUGCAGUUCUUGGGCCUGUGUGGUCGCCUGAGAACCCUGAACCUGGAGGGAAACCCUGUGUGCAUACGGCCCCACCCCAGUGCUACUGAGUCUGUAGAGUAUGGCUACCGAUCAUCAGUGAGAAAGCUAAUCCCACAGCUGCUGUACCUGGACGAUGUCUCUGUGGAAGAGGAGGACACACGUGUCUGCAAGACCUCAGAGAUGGAGUGGGUCCUGCUUAAAGAGUCCAUCAAGGACUGCAAUCCCUCUGAUGACUUAGAGCCCCUGGAGGAUAGAGGAGCCAACGCGUGUGGCUACUCUAGACCGUGCUCUGCCCAUUGCCUUGGCGCUGACCUCUCCUCCGCUAACCUCCCAAGUCGUCCAAGCAGCGCUGGACCCCUGUCCUCGUCAAGCUCUAGGCCGGGUUCUGCCGAAUCUGACCCAGCCUCUCUGGAUCACGAUGCCAGUGAUCUGACACAUGGGGCAGGAAAAAUUGUUUUCUGUGGAAAUCCCGUACAAGCUCUCCGUGAGCGUCGGCAGAAGUUGACGCAUAGAGCAACCAGCUCCAAUCCUAGGCCCUCUACCCAACUCAGUUAUGUUCCAGAGCACACAUAUGACAUUGAGGACUCAGGAGGUCAGGGCCGCAAUGACAUCUUUGCUGAGCUGAGAGCCUGGAGGGAGGAACACAGCCGACGACUAAUGAUGAUAGAGAAAGCUCGGCAGCCACAGAUAAUGAGCAUCAUCCACAGUGAAGGAGGAGGUGUUGACUCUGAAGAAGAGGAGGUGUCAGGACACACUCUUAGCGUCAUCACUGACAAACAGGAAGAGCGAGAAGACAAAACUGCAUGUGGUCGUCGGAUAGAAAAUGAUUCGCCUGAUUCCUCUUUCCAUUCUCCAUCGCCAGAUCUGUUGGAACGAGAGGCUGUUUCUCCUGAGAUUUCCAGACUUACUCUGUCAUCAGACCACACUCUCUCCCCAUCCCCUCCUUUGACGACUGUUUCACCCACCGGUGGCAGGAAGUUAGCAGAGAUCCGGGCACGUAGGCUCAGACUUGUUAGGCCAUGUAUCGGCACACAGAAGCCUGCAGAAAAGGUGCCUAUUGCACAAACAGGAGACCCUACCAUGGAUAGACCUGUAGAACUCUGUAACUCUUCCCCUGGCAGUCAACAACUUCAUCAGCCAAAUUCUAGUCCUUUGGUUCCUGGGUGUAGCUCACAGUGUGCAGAGGCUGCUGCUGGUUGUUGCCUGUCUGUUUGUGACCACAAGCCAGUCAUAUCUUUGAAAACACCUGGGAGGCAGACGCACACGCGUCCCCACACAGCCAGAGCGGCUCUUCAGAAGCCAGCAAACUAUCAACCACUCUUACCCAGCAGGUGGAGCUCCCACUUAGACUGA